AUGACAGACUCCAAUGACGUUGAAAUAGGCGUGCAUUGUCUGUGCAGCUCACACGCCUUUUCGGUGUCACUCCCCGCUGCCGAGCUGCCACUGACCGCCGUCUGCUGCCACUGCAAUGAAUGCCGUCACCUCACGGGUGCCAUGUACACCUGCGCUGUCGAGUGGCCAGGCUCAUCAGAGGCCAUCCUGAGCUCCUCUCUUCAGCGAUACGCGUACGCCAGGAACUCGUUCUUGUUGUUCUGCGGGACGUGUGGGACGCCAGUGUUUGCGCAGCAGAUACGCCAAGGCGUGGCUUCCGAUGUCUUUUACGUGGCGGCGGGCUUACUGCCGAACUUGAACGUCGACAUGCUGCGGAUUGCGCAGCACCUCUGGGUGGGGGACACGUUGGAUGGCGGCGCUUCCGUCUUCAUGCAGAAGCUGAUCGGGGCUUCGCAGCCGGUCCCUCGCUGGCGCAAAGGUCACGGUGAGGCGGAUGGGCUGCUCGAUCGUGACUGGCCAUCGCAAGCGUCUCAUCAGCAAGCGGUCGAGGACUGCUCCUCGCACGACAGCGUGCGCAUCCGAUGCCUCUGCAAAGGCGUCGACUUCACGCUGCUGCGCGGCGACGACGGGUUCGCGGCGCUCAAGGCGCAGGGCCGACUGCCCGGGUGGGUGAAUCCCGCCACACUGAAGCCCGUCGCCGCCUACGACGCGUGCGACAGCUGCAGGUUCAUGGUCGGCGCGCCCAUGAUGCACUGGACGUUUGCCAGGGUCGCACAGCUCCGCUUCGCCGGAUGUCAUCGGGGCCAUGGCGACUUCCCUGCCAGCACGCUCCGUCUCAAGGAGGCCGUCCGGGCGGCCGCGGACGCUCGCUUCGGCACCCUCGCCUUCUACGAAAGCUCGCCGGACGUCCAGCGCUACUACUGCUCGCGCUGCUCCGCGAGCGUCUUUUACGCGGUGGAUGAUUUGCCGGACCAGGUCGACAUUGCCAUGGGUUUGCUUCACGCAGCAGAGGGCUCUCGGGCCGAGUCCUGGGUUGAGUGGGAAUGGGGAGGCCUGGGGCACAAGGGCGACACUGUCGGCGGCUGGAGGGAAGGUUUCGGCAAAGCAAUCCAGGCGGAAUCCGAAGAAUGGCGAGUUGCUAAAGGGCUGCCAAAGGGGCAUCGGUUUCAGUAG